AUGCUUUUCUCACUCGUUCUUCUCACUCUUGCUCUUCAAGCCGGCCUGGCGCUCGGCGAUACAUCCGUUACUGUCAACAUCAACAAGAAACUCCAAGUCAUUGAUGGCUUUCGUGUCUCCGAAGCCUACGGCCACGCCAAACAAUUCCAAAAUCUUGGCCCCGAGCCACAAAAACAGGGCCUGGAUCUUCUCUUCAACACUUCAACCGGCGCCGGCCUAUCCAUCAUCCGAAACAAGAUCGGCUGCGAUGCCUCCAACUCCAUCACGAGCACCAACGCCGAUGACCCCGAGAAGCAACCUGUUUUCCACUUCGACGGUGACGAUGAUGGGCAGGUAUGGUUCAGCAAACAGGCCAUGAGCUAUGGAGUAGAGACCAUCUAUGCCAAUGCUUGGUCUGCGCCUGUAUAUAUGAAGUCAGCAACGAGUAUGGGUCGUCUGUGCGGUACUACUGGUGUGUCGUGCUCAUCUGGAGACUGGAGACAACGUUACGUUGAGAUGAUAGCCCAGUACCUCUCAUACUACAAGGAGGCUGGUAUUCCUGUUUCGCACGUUGGCUUCCUCAAUGAAGGUGAUGGCUCGGACUUUAUGCUCUCAACUGCUGAGCAGGCUGCAGAUGUCAUUCCCCUUUUACACAGCGCUUUGCAAUCCAAGGGCCUUGGUGAUAUCAAGAUGACGUGCUGUGACAACAUCGGUUGGAGGUCACAGAUGGACUACACCGCGAAGCUGGCUGAGCUUGACGUGGAGAAGUAUCUAUCUGUCAUCACAUCGCACGAGUACUCCAGCAGCCCCGACCAGCCCAUGAAUACUACCCUGCCAACUUGGAUGUCUGAGGGAGCUGCCAAUGACCAGGCGUUUGCCACAGCGUGGUACGUUAACGGUGGUUCCAACGAAGGCUUCACCUGGGCAGUCAAGAUCGCACAAGGCAUUGUCAACGCUGACCUCUCGGCGUAUAUCUACUGGGAGGGCGUUGAGACCAACAACAAGGGAUCUCUUUCUCACGUCGUCGAUACGGACGGUACCAAGUUUACCGUGUCCUCGAUCCUCUGGGCUAUUGCUCACUGGUCGCGGUACAUUCGCCCUGGCGCACAUAGGCUUUCGACUUCAGGUGUUGUCCAAGAUACCAUCGUCGGUGCAUUUGAGAAUGUUGAAGGGAGUGUAGUCAUGGUGCUUACCAACUCCGGCACUACUGCUCAGACUGUCGACUUGGGUGUUUCAGUAAGUACUUUCGCAUCAGCUCAGGCUUUCACUUCGGAUGCUGAGGCACAGAUGGUCGACACCAAGGUGACUAUUUCCGACGGCAAUGUCAAGGUUACGGUCCCAGCGCACGGUGUCGUCACUGUGAAGCUCACAAGCGCGAAGAGCUCGAGGCCGGUCUCAACUGCUGUGUCUUCGCAAUCUGCGUCCAAGCCCACUAGCGAUAAGCACAGAGUGGUAAGCCAAAAGCACUCUUCAACAACAUUCUCGAUCGUCAGAACUCCAACCUCCACUCAGACUGCAUCCGUAGUUGACUCAGCCAAGGCGGUAACAUACCCUAUUCCUCCUGCAAAGCCCAAGGGUUCAAAGAAACGCACUACAAAGAAAGGCUCGCACCGAUCACACCAUGCGCAGAGUGCUGCUCAUCGUCGGUGUGGCCACGAUAGUCACCGUCGUGGUCACUGCACCAAUUCAUUAUUCUAG